GUCGCAGCGAAAACAGCCAGCCCCUUCAAAUCAGGGCUGAUGCUGAAACCCCAGGCUAAGCUGUUGGAGUCCUCGCACGCCUGGCUCGGAGCGUCUACGUCGUCUUUAGCGGCAGACAGCUACCAGUACCAGCUUCAACACAUGUGGCAGAAGUGCUGGAACACCAACACCACCAUGUCGCACAACCUUCGGUUCCGUGAGCGGGGUCCCCUCAAGUCGUGGCGUCCGGAGACCAUGGCGGAAGCCAUCUUCAGCGUCCUCCGGGAGGGGCUGUCCCUCUCCCAGGCGGCGCGCAAGUACGACAUCCCCUACCCGACCUUCGUGCUGUACGCCAACCGCGUCCACAACAUGCUGGGACCGUCGGUGGACGGCGGAGCAGCGGACCUCAGGCCCAAGGGCCGCGGCCGGCCGCAGCGCAUCCUGCUGGGCAUCUGGCCGGAGGACCACAUCUACGGCGUCAUCAGGGCGGUCGUCUUCCGGGACCCGCAGCACCUCGUCAAGGACGACUCGCACUUAUCGUACUCGCGGAUGUCGGGACAGAUGCAGAAUUACAACAUGAACGCCAACAUCUGCGCCAAUGGGCCCGACCAGAACGUGACCCCCAACGCCGCCACCAUGGCCGCCAUGGCGCAGGGCCUUCGGCAGCAGAUGUGCAACAUGGUGGCUGCAGCCGCUCAGCAGCAGCAACAACAACAACAACAACAGCAGCAGCAGCAGCAACAGCAACCGCAACAUUCCCAACAACAACCGCAACAGCAAGCGCAGCAACAACAGCAUUCUCAACAACAGCAACAUUCUCUUCAUCUACAACAGCAGCAACAGCAGCACCACAUGCAACAACAGCAGCACCUUCAUUCUCAACAGCAGCAACAACAACAACAACAGCAGCAACAGCAACAACAGCAACAGCAGCAUCCCCUACAGCACCUGAGCAGCUUGGAGGCCAUGGGCGCGCUGAGCUUGGUGACACAUUGCGGGAACAUACAGCGUUCGAACGGGAGCGGGCAGGGCGGGCAGGGCCAGGGUGGAGGCCCCGGCAUCGGACCCAGCUCCACUCUCAACUGUGCGAUGGGCCUUUCGAGUCCGCUGGGUCUGCGGCGCUCCCACAGUCCUGUGGCGGGACUUGGCGUGCUCCAGGGCCUGCAAGGGCUCGGCCAAGGCCAGGGGCACGACGUCCUGGAACAAGUACUAAGUGGGCGAGGGGCAGGACUGUCGGCCCUGACCCUCCCGGCCCUCUCUUCGAGACCAAUUGGCCCUUUGGGCUCACCUCCAGGCCAGCCCCAAGCUCAGCCCGCGGACCUCCAGGACUUGCGAGUUGCCAGCCCCGUGGGUGGGUCCAUGGGUGGGACCAUUGGUGGAGCCAGCCUCAAGCCGGACAGGGACCGGAUGGAUAGGCGGGGGGCUGAGGAGGCGGAGCGGGUGGACCGCGUGUGUGAUGCAGGGGACAGGGAUAGAGACAGGAGAAAGCUGGAUGACAGGAUGAGGAAAAACGCCAGAGAGGACGAUGGCGUGGGUGAUGUUGGGGGUGACGGUGUGGACCAAGAGGAGGACGACCUCCGCAUUGCUCGGGAUUUUCUCAACUCUGCUAACAACAACGACAUCAUGACCAACAACAACAUGGGCCUGCUCAAAGCGGGGCCGUUAUUUCCGGACGAGAUAAUGGAGAUGACCAACCGUUCAAACCUAGAACUGCUCAACGAAACAGCUGAGAACGUGGUCGUCAAGUGCGAGCCUCUAUUGUCAAGCCGUCCUCACUCCCACAGCUAGGUCAAUCUAUGGCCAAUCAUAUUGUGAUACAUAUUUUUCCCUUGCAAAUUCCUUUAGGUAAAGUGGAUGUGACUUUUCUCGCACUAAAAAUAAUAGAAGUCAAAACAAAAUUAUUUUUUGAAAAGCAAAGGGGUUUCCUGAUAGGGCUCUGGCCAAGAGUUUAACUCUGACCAAUCGCCUGGUUGAAGCUGUCUAUCAGUUUCCGAAAAAUUAAUCCUCAUGGUCAAACAAGCCGUUUAGAUCAUUUAUGAAUCUCGUUAGACAUAUAAAAUCAAGUUUAGUGCAAAGGUUGGUUUUACGUCUGGUUUUCAAUCUCAGAGAUUUAAAUACAUUCUGUCCUUCCAUAUAUUGAUUUCAGCCAUUAUUAUUUCCCCUUUUCAGACUUAAACUUACCAAAAAUUUUGCUUUCCAUUCUGUUAAAAUGUGUGUAGGAUUUAAAUCCUUUUGCAUUGUUUGCUGUUUAUCUUAUCCACCUGUUUCCUUUAAUUUUUUGUGGCAUUUGUUGUUGUUUGUUGAUUAUUUGAUAUUUUUCACGAUUCAUUUAUUGUUGUUAUUUGUCAUCAUGUGUUCUCAUAAUGGUUUAAUCUGUUUACAAGUUUCAAGAUGAUUCAAACCGUUUUCACAAUGAAUUUUUUAAUAAGUCAUGCAUCCAUUAAGAAGUCCUGCCACUAAAUAAUUUAAUGCCAUUCCUCUCAUUUUUACUCCGCCUUUUAUCCGUACUCAAAAUCUUCUUUAAUUAUUCAUGAGCAUUUUUAUGUUUUUGUCUCCUUUUGUUGCAUGUAAGUCCAUGCAACAGUUACAGCAUCUGUUGUUGUUAUUAUUUUUAUUAUUGUUAUUUUUACUUUUAUUAUCAUCAUCAUAAUUAUUAUUGUUACUGAAGGCUGAAACUGGAUACAAGUUGGUUUGUCGUUCUCUUUGUUGUAUGAUUACCUCUAUUCUACAACAUGGCCUGGAAGGUUUUCAGGCCCAUUCUGGUAGUAUUGUACAAGUUAGUGUGACUGUCCUUUAACAGGCCUUUUACUUGUCUGAUACACUGCGAUACAUCAACUCACAGUCAAUAGCUUACAAAUCUUUACGUUAACAUUGUGCCAAGCUGUAAGUAGAUUCUACACAAUGCAUGACAGCCCAUAAGUUUCUCUGUAGAAAGUUUUUUGUUUCUGAUAUUUCAGCCUGCUAAUUGUUUGGAAUUCCUGUUAAGCAUAAGUGUUAGUUAGGAAUUAUAUGUUGCCACUUAUGUUCUUCACCCAACUUAUGAUAACUGUUACUGUUAUACCUUUGGUACUCAGAUAGUAAAAUAAGAAGAGGAAGAAAAUAUAAGGUUUGUCUUCUAAAUAUCAAAUGUUUGGGCAGAAAUCGGGAAAAUGAUGAAUUCUAAUUUAAGAUUGUGAUUUCUUAUAAAUUGUGGUUGCAUGUCAUUGUGCCUUUCAAGUACUGUUAUGCAGUGCUCUUGAUUAAGGGUUUAUGAUUAACUGUUGCUUGUUGCAUUUAUGUUCAGUGUGUAGUAUCUCCAGUAAGGCAAGUGCAUAAAUCAAACCUCAAGGUUUUUUUGUUGUUGUUGUUUUUUUUUGUCAGAAGUAUAAGUAAAAGUGUUUUUGUAAUUCAGUAAACACAGAACUGUAAUUUCUUCUAGUUAUAGUUUAAAGUUGAUAAGUUAUGCAUUUGUCAGCUUCAAAAUGUCUUAAAAGAAGUGGAUGGAAAUACUGCACACUGACCUCUCUUUUUAAGAGGCUGUGAAAUUUUAUACUUAAUUUCAAUACCAAAACUAUUAUUUAGAGAUAAAAUCCUGUUUGUCCCUUGUCAAUGUCUAGACUUGCGUCUCUAAAAAAAAGACAAAAUCUCUACUUUCUUGCAUAUUUUAUCUGUAAAUAUUGAUUUAGAGUACUGUUUCAUUAGUUCAUUUACUAUUGUUUUUCUUUAAUUUGAAAAGAACUGAUAUAAGAAUGAUAAGCCAAAGGCAUACCAUGUAAUUAUUGAUGUACAUAAAAAAAAUACACCAUGGUUUCAUGAUACGCAUUCUGUAGAAACCACUGUUGACUUUUGAACAGCCCAUUACAAUGUUCUCUUUUGGUUGCUACAUACAUACAUACUUACAUACCCAUGCAUACAUGCAUACAUACAUUCAAGUUAGAGUCCUCAAUUCAUUAAGAUCAAGAUGUCUUCAAGAGUACUAAGAAUAUUAAGUGGAAAUCAGAAAAAGAUAUGUGUCUAGAAAAAUGUAUGAAUUUCUUUCAUUUAAGUCUGUAAAGUGUAUGGACUCGCAUACAUAUAGUGUUUGCUUUUUUACUGGUGAUCCUAUCCUCUAGAAUCAUUGAGUAAAUAUCACCUUGUUCUCAAACCUAGAAACAGUAUUGCUGCAACGAGGCAGUCCCAAGUCUCAUGUUUACACAUGGAGGUCAUAAACCAAGAACAUUUUAAUUUAAGUAGGAAAAUAGAUAUCAGUAGAAACACAAUUUCAUGUAAGGCAUUUAGGGUCUAGUCAAAAUAUAUGGAAUUUUGUAUUUAAAAGAUUUAAUAUGUGUAUUAAAUAUAAAUUUAAUUAUUUUUGUGAUUUUUCUCCAAAAACAAAAUGUACAAAAUUGAACUUUUGCGAUGGCCUUAAGAAAUUGUUUCAUAUCUUAUGAUUUGUUGUAUUCCCUCACAAUUAAGGCCAAAUAAAUCAAGAUAAUUUUAUCAAAUUCUGAUGUUUUGGAUGUCACACUCUUUCUAAAUGCAAACUUUGCAUUUUCUUGUCAACAGUCAUGUCACAGCAGUUUACUGUAAGCACCAGCCCUGUUUUCUUAAAUAGGCAUGGUUGCAUUAUUGUUGUAUUCCAUUGAUACUUCCAACUUCUUUCCUCUUACAGCUUUGAUAUUGUAUCUGAAUAGUUUUCUUACAAUUCAAUCAUGUAUUCACUCAUGUUUAUGUGUAACAAUAGUUAUUCUCUUCCAUGUAUAUUCUGCCAAUAGAUUCAUAUAAUUGAUCAAAAGUAGAGAAGAGCAGCUGGUGAUCACCACGGUGAAUGCAGUACUGUAGUUGCUAUUCGUUGUGUGAUGAAAUAUUGUAAGUUGCUCAGAAUCUACUAAAUUUUCUGUUCAUAUACUGAAACACUGUAUCUUCAUUAAACAUAUACUGGAUCACUACAUUCUGUUUGAAGCUAAAUAAAGGAUUUCUGACGGCUGGCAAAA